UACGUGAGUGAGAUUAUAAAUGCAACGUCGGGCGGCGGAGUGAAGCAGUGGAGAGGAAGGAGUACGUCAGAGAGACAGAAUGGCGGAGGCAGGUUGAGAAGAGAUAGUAGGAAAGCCAUAUACAGCGGUCGCAGAAGUGUGGAAGCGGCGAGUGUUUCAUCCGUCGUUCGAACAAUGGCCAGUAACCUUAAUAUGGAAAGACAACAGGGCAAAGGAGGCGACAGGAGGCAAGGCGGCGAUGUUUCUGCGGAGAGUUGCGAUAUUUUGAAGCAUUUGUUGCCAGCCGCGGUCGCAUCCAGCCAAGAUGGCGAACAAGCUGUAUGUGAAGGACUAGCGUCUGAGCAAGAAGCUACUGAAAGGCGGAGGAGCGGUGUGUCGGAGCUGAGGCACAACAGUUCUCCCUCGGCAUAUCAGAGACCAUUAGACGAGUUGCCACGGCUAAACUUUCAGAUACCGAGGAAGAACAAAGAACGGAAAGCCUUGUUCCAGUACCUGUCCCAGGGGUCGCGUGAGUUUGAAGACAUUGUGAAAAUCCUCUCCUCCUGUUACCGUGAUGCCUCCUCGGCUGGGACGUUUUCCUACACCAAGGGCCGACUUGUCCACAGUGAGCUGCUGGAGAAGGAUUUCGUUGAGAAGAGGAGGGAGCUGAAACAGGAUGGGCGGACAGACAAGGAGCUGUUGGAGUCCUAUUGUUUCCUGCUGCCGGAUCCCUCCAAGCUCCACUUGAUCUGUGAGAAGGGCCUGUCGGUGGGGCACACUCGGAUCACCACGCUGGGGAAUCCCGCAAUGGGUGUUUAUCUGUCCAAAUACUCAGAUUUGCUGAAAAUAAAUCCUUUUGACCUGGGUGCCACCGGUGAUAUUAUUAUAUUUAAAGUUAUGAAGGGCAAGGUAAAAAGCAUAUAUGAAAAUAUGUCCAAAAACCUCCUGGAUCCCACGCCCAAAUUUGACUGUCAUGUCUCGAAGAACGCCGCCAGAGUGACCUCUCUUCUGUCGUACAGAGCAUUUGAGCUCACACAGCAAUACUUCUAUGAGUACUCCUUUGAUGAGAUUAAAUCCCGCCCCCGACACGUGUGCCCGUAUGCAGUGGUGUCCUUUUUGUACAAAGGCAAAGAAGCCACACCCCCUCCAAAACCUACUGCCCCUCUCAGAUUAAACAGCAACAUCUCUGAAGGAAGUAGAGCCAGGAGCAGCUACACAGUGUGGAGCGGGCAGCUGCUUAAUGGAGGCAAGGUUGUGUACCAGAUUGGCCUCCGCUCCUCCACCCGCCCGUUUCUUCCCUUCAAACUUCCAGAAAAGCUUGAGAUCGGUACGGUGAUGAACCUGGACCAGGUGAAGAGGAAAAUACCAACGGUUCUUUUCUCCUGGGACACCUACACUGGAACCCGAGAAGUUUUGAAAAGUGGGAUGUACUGCAGUCUGUUUGAGGUGGUGGACAAAAGCAAACAUGGGAACAGUCUCACAGGCCUGCUGCAGAAGCUGGAGAGAGACAGAAUAGUUUUUGUCAAUACAUUGCUCGACAAGGGUUUCCUCUUCCUCUUGUCAUCAGCUCAGAUGGUCAGUCCCAAUGACAGGCGAGGAGGGUGGACGAGAUGCCUGCAGGCUCUCUUUGUCUUUCAGGAACCAAGAGGAGUUACCAAGUUAUCAUCAAAGCGGCACACACCCCAGGAGCCUUUGCUGCCUGAAUCCCAGAACCCUGUAAUGCCCCACUUGGACACCUUCAUCCCUGCCUUGCACUACGCCCUCAUGAAGGUGCGUGCCAACCCCCCCGCGGACCUCGGUGCUGGAGUGGAGCGCCAAGCCCGGGACUACCUGAGCGGCCGUGACGAUGGCAAGGUACGCCUCUAUUACAUGAAUGAGUACAAGCAGAACCUGGACGAGCGGGAAAAACUCCAUCCGGCGCCCAAACAGAAGCACAACCUCGAGGGCUACCUGCGCUCGUACAUAUACCGCCCUAACGUCUACCUGCUGGCCGUGGUGCAAGCCAAGGAGAUGGUGGAGAGCCUCCGCCGCGCGCCGGAGUACAGCCCCGUGUCAGACUGGGAGGGCUCGGACAGCCAGCCCCCCGAUUUGAAGCACGGGGGACUGCAGUCCAACGGGGCGCACGGAGCCCAGCUGUCCCAGGCCGACAACGACCCCGAAAAGAUGAGGGAGCUGCUGAAGCUCAUCCACAUGUGGAAAAGGAACGAGGGGGAGGCGAGGCAGGGGGCAGAGGGGCGCGAGGGGCUGGAGGAGGGCGUUUGGGAAGCCCGUGGCUUGAAGAGGAAGCUGGAGGAGGAGACGGCAGAGGCACCUUUCAAGUACCUGAGGAGGGCGUCUCUGGACAACGGGGAGCACAGCAGAGACGAAGAGGGUCAUUCCCCUCCCCCCCUGUCUGCGGUCAUGAACUGUAUGGGGCUCCGUGACUCUGACCUGAGGAAGGACGAGUCCCGCAACGCGUCCAGGCUGAUGGAGAUGCUGGCCACCUUCAACAAAGCCACGGCGGGGUCCACCUCUGGUCUGUCCGAGCACCCCGGCAGCCCGGUGGGUGGCGAGGGCAGAGAGGGGCCCGAGCUGAAUGACUUGCCACGUUAUGAUACGAUGAUCAAACUCGGCCUCCCCGCCCGCUGCGACAUCGACCUGCGGAAUCAGACCAACGACGAAGGCCAAGAUGAGCUGGACAGAAAUGACUAUCUGGAGGACCAGACGGCUGGCAGUAUGAGCAGCUUGGAGGUGUUCAGCCCAUGCUCCAGCAACGAUCAGCACCGCACAGAGACCCUGGGGGAAGGACAGAUGCCCUGGGUCCUCAUUCCCAUAACAGGUAUAAAAUUGGACAGGUAUUGCCUCACAGAAGAAGAUAACCCCCAAGAUCCUCGCUUCCUGCAGAACUCUGCGGUGUCAAACUACACUACCCCUGAGAAAGGCCUCAAUGCUCUCCCCGAGGCUCAGGAUGACGGUUACAUGGGAGACAGGGUGAAGGAGGACGAGGAGCGGGGGCCAGAAAGGCCAGGCUCCACCCAUCCACCAGACCAGGAUGGUUUCCCCAAUGGCUUGGACAGCAUCAUCGACGGGGAGCUCAGUGACUUUUCCACGGAGAUGCAGGAGCUUUUAAGGGGGGAGCAGGUCUACUACAGCUCUGAGCCGACGGCGCCGGCUCAGCAGCGGCCGCUCUGGACGCCAGGGGCAGGGUUCUCGGAGUACAUCUCGCACUACACCACCCCAGUCCCCACCCACAGCUUCGUCAGCACGCUGUGCGAGAGGAUGAGCCGCCUCGUGAACCCUGAGCGGGCUCAGAGCGGCGGUGUCACCGCAGAACGGGUUCCCGACCUGUCGCCUCCCCCUGCUCACGCUCCAACUGAAGCUGCUGCCGUUAGCACUGCAUCCCUGACCUCCGUGUCUGUCCCUGCCCCUAGCCCUCUCAGCUCCCCGGCCCACGUUCAUGUUCCCCCUGCCCUCGCUCCUGUUCCGGCCCCUGCUCCCUCUCCCUCUCCUUCUCCUUCUCCAGCACUUGUUACUGCUGCCUCUACUUGCACUGCCCCACCUGGCAAACCCGUGCCCUCUCCGCCCCACAGACAGCCCCCUCAAAGUCUACCUCGACUCGGUACCGUUAGAGAGGUGCACACGCACGGCUCUGUGCCUCAAGGGCUUCAUAGGAAGACUGAAGCGGACUCCAGGAGGCAGCCCGGGCAUGAAGGCGGGGCUCCUUACGUGGCCAGGGGCAGCGCGGAGCUAGAGCCCGCGGCUGUUAGCGCUGCUGCGGACGGAAAGCAGCACGGGCAGCCGCUGGGUGAGGCCGCUCCCGCCCCGGGCCCCACCGUGGACCCCCCCUCAGGUCCCGCUCCGGCAUCCAUCAGCAGCCUCAUCAGCCAGCUGAAGCCUGAGGUGUUCAGCAGCCUGGUGGAGAUCAUCAAGGACGUGCAGAAGAACGCAGUCAAGUUCUACAUCCAUUCUCAGGAGGAGAGUGACGUCUGUCUUGAGAUCAAGGAGUACCUGAUGAGACUCGGAAAUGUUGAGUGCAACCCCCAGACCUUCUUGGAGAGUAAGAACAAUCUAGACAAGCUGCUGAUCAUCAUUCAAAACGAGGACAUUGCUGCUCACGUCCACAAGAUCCCAGCACUGGUAUCACUGAAGAAGCUGUCGUCAGUGAGCUUUGCUGGAGUGGACAGCCUGGAUGAUGUAAAAAACCACACCUACAAUGAGCUGUUUGUGUCCGGCGGCUUCAUUGUGUCUGACGACUUUGUGCUCAAUCCAGACUUCAUCACUCACGAGAGGCUGCACACUUUCUUGAAGUUCCUGGAGCAGCAGAGCACUCCGGAGAGCCUCUGGCAGUGGAAGGUGCACUGUAAAACUCAGAAGAAACUAAAGGAGCUGGGCAGGUUGAACAGUGAUGCUCUUAGUCUGUUAAACCUACUCACCACCUAUCAGAAGAGACACCUGGUGGAGUUCCUGCCGUACCACGAGUGUGACGCCCCAUCCCGCCACGCCCCCGAUCUGGAGUGCCUGGUCAGGCUGCAAGCCCACCACACCCAGCACCGGCACAUCAUCUUCCUCACAGAACGGCGGUUUGAGAUGUUCCCCCACUACUCCAGCAAUGGGAUAGUGAUCGCCAGCAUCGAUGACAUCAUGCACAGCUUCCACAGCCUCAUCGGCUUCCAUGACAGUAGGGAGGAGCUGCACACCUUAGACAAUCGCUCUCAUCCGACUCCCCCUACAGUGGCGAAGGAUGACUGUGUGCAGGAAGAGGACAUGUCUCUGGACUCUGAGGAAGACUCCCCUAUAAUAGAGGGGCCCAGUGCCCAGCUGCCGGAUGUGGGAGCAGAAGGUUUGGCACAGCAGCCGCCUCUUCCCCAGACAACAGAGUUUCGUCCACCCCUCCCAGACCAGGACAUCGCAGAGGCGAGAGCACACACGUCCUUCCUGUCCUCUGACGAGACGCCAAAGCCGCUGGACUUUGAGGCUCUCAAGUCCGCCAUUUCUCAGUUCAAGGCGUCCAACCAGAGGCCGCCUGUGGACUAUGAUGUGGGAGGGACCUCGCCUGGGGCUUUCAACGUCAAUCCGCAUCAGAGCUUCCUCUGCCCGGGUUCACUGCGGACCCCUUACUCCGUCUCCUCCGGGUACUCCGCUCUCCUGCCCUACCCCACCUCUCCCUGCAGCGGCAGACAGGAGGCAGACAGCAGCAGGCUCCCGGCCUCGGCUGCCCACCUCAGCCAUCCACUGCUAGUCAACCAGGAGGAGGCGAGGCCUGUGCAGGCGUUGCAGGCAGUGACUCUCUCCCCUCUGGGCUCCUCACACUCCCACCCUGGUCCUGGUAGCAGAGGGACAGCAUCCGCUUCCAUAGACGUCAGCAUGUCACUGUGUGGCUCUCAGGACAGAAUCGGCACCGGCCCCACUAGCACCAUGCACUCUGGUGCCGCACACAGCCACCAGGGCCUCGCCGCCACGGCGUCCCCAGGAGCCUGCUACCUAACCCCGGGCAGCGUGAGCAGCAGUGUGGGCGACAUGGCGCAGCACGGCUGGAGCCACCUGGCUGGGGUCAGCAGCGCCUGCGGCACUCCCACCAGCCAGGACGACGGGGCGCUUGGCCUGGCGGUCGAGGGUCACCGGGGAAAGUCGGCCACCCCUGGCAGCGGGAACAGUGCAUCAGGGACGCCCAAUAGCCAGGGAGGAGCCACGCCCAGCUCUGCCAGCUUCAGCCUCCAGGGAGGGGUGAAGACGGCCAACCUGGGCGGCAGCACUCCCAGCAGCCAGGGCAGCCUCACUCCAGUGCCCAGCACUGCCAGGAAAGGCGUGGAGAAGGCUGCGGCGGCCCCGGCCAGGGGAGGCUCUCAGGGCAGCGGGCUGCUCCCCCUCCCCCAGGGGGCCAGCAGUGUGAACAGCAGGGGUCGGGGAGCCAGGAUCAACAGCAGCGGCGGUGGUGCUCCUGUAGGGUUUGACAGCACACAGGGGAACGGAGCCAACGCCACUGCUGCGAGUUUCAGGGGACUCCCACCAAGCAGCAACAGAUCCAGACCCAGGGGGUGUCGGGACAGGGGGGGCUCGGCGUGCACAAGAGGCUUGCUGCAGGGGAGGGGUGCGUGGCAAGGCUACUAUUUGGACUUUACAGAGGACACCUAUCCCUGGAGCGAAGGCUACAGCAACCAGGGAGAAGGGUAUCGCUCUCACAGAGAUGGAUAUAAUGGCUGGUGAGCCGGCAAUGAAUGUAUAUAGUUACCCUUCAGAGCGCUUUAAAAAUGACUAAAUGGAAUCCUUGUUUUCUACCAGUGAGAAAAAAAAGAGACUGAAAACAGAAAAGAUACAGGCAGUGCCCAGUGUCCUACUGUCAGAUGGAUGCUCCUCAUGUUUCAGAUCUUGUUCAAACCACUAUAUUUGUAUUUGCCAAGAUUAUUUUAUUGCCUUCAGAUGUUUUUUGUUAUCUAUUUCCGUUUUUCUUCCGAUAUCCUUUUUGUUUGUGAACAAAAGGGUGCAUGCCUCUUCUUUCAACCCUCAGACAA